AGCUCUCCGGUGCCAGGACUGCCCCGUUCACGACCGCGCUCCUGCCCGUUGUGGCAGCGGGGCUGACCCCAGUCUCGUCACGAUGCUUUGGUGCAGGCCUCCUUGGUUGGGGCCUGCCUGUAAAGCUCCUCCUAGCUUUUUCUCUCCUUCCCUCCUGCUCUCGGGCAGCCGGUGGGGUCUGGUGCCUUGAGGGUCACCCCUGUCCCUCCUAUAAGAAGCAUAGGUAGGAGGGGACAGGAGCUGCUGCCCCCCCCACCCCACCAGCCCGGCCCUGGAGGUGAAAGAGCCCCCUCUCCUAAGUGCCAUCCCGUAGGCCGCAGCCGCGAUCACCUGGCACUCAGCUCCAAGGAUGGAGGCAGCUGGCUUUGCAGGGCUGUUUCAUAGAACAAACCACACCCCUGCCAGGUCAUCACCAGGCCCGGGGCACUCCUCUCAGAUUGGCCAACCAUCCCAGUCAAGACUGGGUAUUCCUGCCAUACCGGCACCGGGAGGUUGGGAAGGGCCCUGCCGUGGGGGACGCGUCUCUUCCUCUUCCGCUUGCUGCUGCCCUGGGCCUGCCCACUGCUUUCCAGACCUAAGUGGUCCCUCCAGGAAGACAGUGAGCUCUGACAGUGAGCUCUCCUGGGGCUCUCCUCUAGGUGAGGAGGGAAAGCAGGGCUGGAUGGGUGGGCACAGGUGGUGAUGGCUGGAGAGAACGGAUUUCGGGAAUGUUAAGCCACCACCACAGGGAGGUCAGUGGCUUCAUACAGUUUUAAGAUGCCUCAUUUCCUGGACAGGUGGAUGGUCCAGGAAUGAGUGUGGGGCUUGGGUGGAGUGGAGGCGGCUGGGAGGGACCAGGGAGGAGCUUGGAGUCAGCUGGGAUAUCCCUGGUGCUGGAUUACCCCGCUGACAGUCCUCAGUUUUCCAGCCACCGCCAGCCAUUCCUUGCUCCAGAGGACUCUCAGCCUCAUGGCUCUGGCAAAGGUGCCCGGGACCUGCCUGCUCACCGUCCGUGUCCUGCAGGCCUGUGGCCUGCCCUCCAAGGACCUAGUGACCCCCUCUGACUGCUAUGUGACUCUCUGGCUGCCCACAGCCUGCGGCCACAGGCUGCAGACACGCACAGUUAAGAACAGCAGAAACCCCAUCUGGAAUCAGAGCUUCCGCUUCCGAAUUCACAGCCAGCUCAAGAACGUUGUGCAGCUGCAAGUCUUCGACCAGGACCUUCUGACCAGCGACGACCCUGUGCUGUCGGUGCUGUUUGAUGUGGGGACUUUGCGGGCUGGGGAGUUCCGCCGAGAAAUCUUCCCCCGGAACCCUCAGGGUGAGCAGCGGCUGGAAGUUGAAUUUCGGCUGCAGAGCCUGACCGACUGUGCUGAGCAGCUCAUCAGUAAUGGCAUCCUGGUGGCCCGGGAGCUCUCCUGCUUGCACGUCCGACUGGAGGAGACUGGGGGCCAGGAGGGGUCAGAAGGCAGAGUUCAGCUUGUGGUUCCCGGGUCCUAUGAGGGUCCACAGGAGGCCUCCGUGGGCACCACCUCCUGCUUUCAUUGCCCGGCGUCUUGGGAGCAGGAGCUGAGUGUUCGUCUGCAGGAUGCCCCCCAGGAGCAACUGAAGGUGCCCCUGAGGGCCCUGCCCUCUGGCCAAGCAGUGAGACUCGUCUUCCCCACGUCCCAGGAGCCCCUGAUGAGGGUGGAGCUGAAAAAAGAAGAAGGUCCGAAGGAGCUGGCCGUGCGGCUGGGCUGCGGGCCCUGUGCGGAGGAGCGUGCCUUCCUGAGCAGGAGGAAGCCGGUGGUGGCCAAGGCCCUGAAGCGGGCCCUGCAGCUCGAGGGAGACCUGCAGGAGGAUGAGAUCCCAGUAGUAGCUAUUGCGGCCACCGGCGGUGGGAUCCGAGCGAUGACUUCCCUGUACGGGCAGCUGGCCGCCCUGAAGGAGCUGGGCCUCUUGGAUUGCGUUUCCUAUAUCACAGGGGCCUCGGGGUCUACCUGGGCUUUGGCUAACCUCUAUGAGGACCCAGAGUGGUCUCAGAAGGACCUGGCAGGCCCCACUGAGCUGCUGAAGACCCAGGUGACAAAGAGCAAGCUGGGCGUGCUGGCCCCCAGCCAGCUGCAGCGGUACCGUCAGGAGCUGGCUGAGCGUGCCCAGCUGGGCUACCCGACCUGCUUCACCAACCUGUGGGCCCUCAUCAACGAGGCGCUGCUGCACGACGAGCCCCACGACCACAAACUCUCAGACCAGCGGGAGGCUCUAAGUCACGGUCAGAAUCCUCUGCCCAUCUACUGUGCCCUCAACACCAAGGAGAAGAACCUGACCACCUUCGAAUUCGGAGAGUGGUGUGAAUUCUCCCCCUACGAGGUCGGCUUUCCCAAGUAUGGCGCUUUCGUCCCCUCCGAGCUCUUUGGCUCUGAGUUCUUCAUGGGGCGGCUGAUGAAGCAGCUGCCUGAGUCCCGCAUCUGCUUCCUGGAAGGUAUCUGGAGCAAUCUGUAUGCAGCCAACCUCCAGGAUAGCUUGUACUGGGCCUCCGAGCCCAGCCAGUUCUGGGACCGCUGGGCACGGGACCAGGCCGGCCUGGAUAAGGAGCAGAUCCCCCUUCUGAAGACAGAAGAGCCUCCCACGGUGACCAGCAGGAUUGCCGAGUUUUUCACCAACCUUCUGACGUGGCGGCCACUCACCCAGGCCACCCACAACUUUCUGCGUGGCCUCCAUUUCCACAAGGACUACUUUCAGCACCCUCACUUCUCCACCUGGAAAGCCACCAAACUGGAUGGGCUCCCCAACAAGCUGACACCCGCAGAGCCCCACCUUUGCCUGCUAGAUGUCGGCUACUUCAUCAACACCAGCUGCCCACCCCUCCUGCAGCCCGCCCGGGACGUGGACCUCAUCCUGUCGCUGGAUUACAACCUCCAUGGAGCCUUUCAGCCCCGAGGAGCAGCAUCAGCCUCGGGAGUGCCACCUGUUCUCGGACCCCGACUGCCCCGAAGCCCCUGUGGUGCUGCACUUCCCCCUGGUCAGCGACUCCUUCCAGGAGCACUCGGCCCCUGGCGUCCCCCGGACAGCGGAGGAGAAGGCGGCCGGGCAGGUGAACCUGUCUUCAUCCAACUCCCCCUACCACUACUCGAAGGUGACCUACAGCCAGGAGGACGCGGACAAGCUGCUCCGCCUGACGCAUUACAACAUCUGCAACAACCAGGAGCGGCUGCUGGAGGCCUUGCGCGAGGCCGUGCGGCGGCGGAGGCAGCGCAAGCCCCAGUGACGGCGGCACCUGGCCCGGGGCCCCUGCCCGGCCCACCGCCCCAGACUUUCCCAGGCUCCCUCCCGGCCUGCCUGGCCACUCUGGUUAAGUUAGAACAGAGACCAUUGUCACCGGGCACUCUGAGAACUCCGGGGGUGCAGAUGGCCCUGCCGGGGGCUCCCAGCCCUCUCAGAGGCCCCCUGCGGUGUGCACCGAGCACCACCCAGAUGUGGCACUGAAGCCACCAGCAAGCCUGCCAUGGACGCUGCCGGGUAGGUCGAGCCUUCUAACCAGUGCGGGAGCCUGGGCCCCGUGACGUGGGCCGGAGACGACUUCCCUCCCUCCAAGGCAGGCGGAGACUCAGUGUGUCAGCGGGGCAGAGGUGGGCGCCCGGAGCAGCCCUGCCGUCUGUGUGCCGGCCCACCCCCUCGCUACCCUGCAUAAUUGUACAGAGUGACAUCGAGCGCUUUACACAUUACAGAGGCCCGUGCUGACGCGAGGCGUUAUCUGAGAUUCUGUCAUUGCUGCUAAGAAGGGACAUGUUAUUCCAGGCACUUGGUCGCACAGGGCAAGGACUGGUUUAAGAAACAAACCGUCUCCCCCCCCACCUCUCGGAGCUAGCCGUCAGCAGGGGCUUCCCCUGAAACGAGGGUCAUCUGCUCUCGACAAAGUAGGCAGGAGGCCACCGCGGCCUCUGGGGCAGGGAGAGGUGAGGGGGCGUCUCUGCUGUUGCAGCCCCGGCCCUGCCCAGGUGAGCAGACUUGCAGGCAGUGAGAGCUGGCACCGCUGUCCCCACCUGGUCAGGGACCUUCGUGGUGUGGCCAGGGACUCAAUCAGGGGGCUGCUUCCCGUCCCACAGUGGGGGUGGCCAGAGCUGGGACCAGAUGAGCCAAAGGGAGAGGCUAGAGGCAUGGCUCCACCGAGCUCUGACCUCGGGUACGGGGUUGCGGGGGGCAUCUAUUUCUUAACGAGGAACGGUCUCUUCCCGAAGUCAGUAGGGCCGUGGGAGCUGCGUCUUGUUCUGGUCCCCGAGAGGGUGUCCUCACUUGUAGCCCCGAGGUUUGGUGGCGCCUCAGAGUUCGCUUCAGGGCCCAGGCCUGUGGAG